UUGAAUGCACCAAAAGGAAAAACCGAGACGAAACCCACGUGCUCCAGUCUCACUGUUCUUGGUUACCCUGCUUUCCUCUGGAAUGGCGGCCCUGCCGAGCUUUGGCCUCCGCCGUUUGCCUUCUCGCCCAUGGCUACACAGCCUCCGUUGCACAACAACCACAAGAAGACCACCCCCUCACUCUCCGCGUUCUAUGUCCAUAGUUUCUUCUCUCUCCUCACUCGAAGACACCGGAGAAAUUCCACAGUCUCCAAUAAAUAUGACAACAGAAAAACCUAAUGCCACUACUAGCGCUAGCAUUGAUAUUCAUAAGGAGAAAAAACCCUUAUUUCCUAAGCGAGGGCAGACCUUGGAGCUGGUUUGUGAAUCUAUAGCUUUUAAAGGCAAAGGCGUUUGCAAGGUCGCAGAUACUGGCUUUGUGGUAAUGUGCGAUCGUGCACUUCCCGGCGAACGCUUCCUUGGCCGUGUCACUCGCAAAAAAGACAACUACGCGGAGGAUGAUAGGUGAAGAAAUUGAAGACCAUAGCACCUCAUUGGGACUAUGUGGAGGCGCCCUGUGAAUAUGCUUCACACUGUGGAGGUUGCAAGACCCAGAAUUUAUCAUACAAAGCUCAAGUCAGUGCAAAAGAGCAACAAGUUAAAGAGCUCGUUGUGCAUGUAGGCAAAUUUUCAGAUAAGAACCCAGAAUUUGAGCAUGUGAUGCAACCCAUUGUUCCAUGUGAUAUCCAGUUUGGGUAUAGGAAUAAGAUGGAGUUCUCCUUUGGCCCAAAAGGAUGGGUACCUGAGGAGCUGUUACACGAAUGUAAUGAUGCUCAAGGCUAUGCUCUUGGAUUGCAUGCUCCUGGAUUUUUUGAUAAGGUUCUGAACGUAAACAAAUGCUUAUUACAAAGUGACCCAGCUAACAAGGUUCUUGCAACCAUUCAAGAAUAUUGGAGGGAUCCAAAGUUUGAUCUUUCACCUUACGAUGUUCGUUCUCAUAAUGGAUUUCUGAAGCAUCUAAUGCUUAGAAGUGGCAGAAAUUGUGAAACCGGUCUUCCUGAGCUUAUGGUUAAUUUUGUGACUUCAUCCUAUGAACCAGAGCUACUGAAACCCAUUGUAGAUAAAAUAGCAACUAUUCCUGAAGUGGUAUGCAUAAUUAAUAAUGUGAAUACUUCUAUAGGCAACACAUCUAUCGGGGAAAAAGAAUACACAUUGCAUGGCAAAUCUUCUAUCACAGAGAUUUUAAGAGGGCUUAAUUUUCAGAUUUCGGCAAACUCUUUCUUCCAGACAAACACACGCCAGGCAGAGAUUCUUUACAAACUUAUUGAGGAUUGUGCCUCUCUGAAGGGAGAUGGUUCAGAAAUUGUUCUUGACCUAUUCUGUGGGACCGGAACCAUUGGCCUUACACUAGCCAGAAAAGUGCGGCAUGUUUAUGGUUAUGAAGUGGUAGCUCAAGCAAUCUCAGAUGCAAAUCAGAAUGCUAAGCUCAACAGAAUCAGCAAUGCGACAUUCAUCCAAGGAGAUCUUAAUAAGAUUGAUGAAAACUUCGGCAGCAAUUUUCCCAAGCCUGACAUCGUCAUCACAGAUCCAAAUCGUCCAGGAAUGCACAUGAAACUGAUCAAGUUUCUGCUUAAGUUGAAAGCGUCACGCAUCAUCUAUGUAUCUUGUAAUCCGGCCACUUGUGUUCGUGACCUUAAUUAUCUCUGUUUUGGAGUACCAGAGCGAAAUCUAAUUGGAUGUUACAAGCUUAGCAAGUUGCAACCAGUGGACAUGUUCCCACAUACUCCUCAUAUUGAGUGUGUUUGCAUGUUGGAGCUUCUCUGAUAUAAUCACUGCCAACAACCGAGGGGAAAAGUCAUCGGACCCAUCGCCAUCCAUAGUCUUAAUUGCAUUUAGGGUGAGGAUUGAGGAAAGGUCACAGCAAAUGAGGCAAAUCGUCAUAGGAGCUACUUGACAUAGAAGUUGUGUUGUUCAAAAUCUAAUGCACACUUCUCAGUAUUAAACUGGGUACUGGGAGCUUUAGGAAUGAGGGCAUUGGGAUGUGCCUAUUUACCUGCUGGGGCAAGCUUUUAAAGUUGCUGUUAGUUCUCAACCUGGAAAUCUUAAUAAUAGCCUUGCCUAUCCAGGAUUUAAUGAUUUCCUAUUUUAGACUUCCCUUGAAGGGUUAAUGGACCUUGCUGAUUUUUGGUUAACAGAAACGUAUCAAUUUAUGUAUUACUCCUUCCGUCCCAUUUAAAGUGUCUCGUCCAUUAUUCUCGGGUCAACGUGCACUAUUCUUAAUCUUUUACUUUAUAUAUCAAAAGUUUAUGAAAUUUAAA